AUGAUACCUACAAUAUUUGGAACCACAAAAACAUUAACAAUCUAUGAUUUGCCGUCAGAUAUUUUCAACGAAGUUUUAGAUAAAUUGGAGCCCAUUGAAAGAUUACCUCUUCGAAAAGUCUCUCAAAUCUUCCGAACAGCUAUUGAUAAUCGAAAUCACGGCUUUAAAGAAAUUGCUAUUGGUAUUUAUGACUCCUUCGAGCGAUAUUCCACUCUUCGACUUGACGAAAAGUUAAUUGAAUACAGAAGAGACUAUGAUGAUUGUAUGGUGAAGUUGGGAAGCAGGAAAUGCACUGUUCUGAACGAAAACUUUGAGACACUGGCUCUCAAGGAUUUCUUUGAAAUUCUAAAACAAAAGACUAAGUUGGAAUUGGUACAGAUCAACUUGAACGUCAACGUAACAAAAAAAGACUUUCGAACCAAGUGCUUCACUAACCUGCUGAGCACUCUUGAAACUUUGAAACCAGUGAAAGCAAAAUGUGUAAUCUUUGAACUUCAUCCUAGUGAAGUUGCCAUGGUUUUGCCAUGUUUUGGAGAGCUAGAGCUUAUUGAAAUAUUUAGCACACAAGCUCGUUACAAAUUAGAUGAGCUUAUUUAUCUGGAACAAUGGAAAAUGGCAAAACGAUUUAAAGGUGUCUCAUAUUGCGAUGCGUUUUCAAUUCCUGUGGAGAGUCUACUACACUUUGAGCAUUUCGAUAUUCAUCUGAGCACUUUCACAGUGGAAGAUUGUUUGAAGAUGAGAAAUGGUCUUAAAAAAAGUGGAAACUUCAAAUCUGGACGAUUUCGAUGUCAGAAACUGAACAGGACAGAAAUCGCAAAAGUUUUCAAGCCGGACUACGCGGGAGAGCCCUCACUGGAGUAUGAAGUUAAUAAUGAAAUGUUCAUCAUUGAUAUUUCUUAUGGUUCCUUGAAUAUAAAAAAGAAUAAUUUUUGAUAAUUUAAAACUGCUACAAUAAAAAUUUAAUUAU